GCUUGGCGGCUGACAGCCGCAUGGGCUUGCAGGAGCGGCAGGCCGGCUCUCCGCAGGAACUUCGGCUUCGCGCAUCCAAGGUUGCUGCACAAGCACGGCAUGCCCUCGAAUUGGAUGGUCGAGGACCCUUGGGGUUCUUCCUGAACAGCGAGGCACUCGAGUUUAUCAGCCGCCGGCAGCAAAGGCUACUGCAAAUGACUCGGCUGAAAGACCUUGUCCACCACACAACGCCCCGGAAGCAUUGGGAGAUGGCUGAAGAGCUCUACGUCGUGCGUCCCGGUGAGCGCAUCCCGGGUCCAGAGACUCUUCUCCCAGGUCAAAAGCCGAUUGGCCUCCGCUUCGAGUAUGACCGCUUGGAGAUUCCAGAUCAUUACCUUCGAGAGGCCGGCAUGGAGAAGCACUCUGAUGCUCUGGCAGAGCGCCUCCUAGACGAUGGGGAGGCCCUGGAGCCGUUAGAUCCUACGGAGCUGUCCUGGUGGUCUUCUGGGGCAAUCGAAGUUACCUGGCAAGCAUUGCAGGUGUUUUGCUCUCUUGCUAG